UGCCUUAGCCGCCGGAGAGCACCUGCCUGCUGCUACUCUGCGUCCGACUACUAGUUUAGCUGCUGCUGCUGCUAGUUUCAGGAGGAUCUGACCUGCUGCUCGCGGAGGCAACUCGCUGGAGGAGGAGCUGAACUGCUGCUCCCGGCGGCAUCGCGUCGGAGGAAGAUCUGAGCUUCCGCUCCUGGAGGAGACACGUCUUCUCUGGCGCUGCUAUCACGCUGACCCCCACGUCUUCUCCGCCGUCUGUGUUGUCCAUCCAUCUCAGAGAAAAAUUAGCCGGCAACAAUGGCGAUGGUGCUGGAUGCAUUUGCGUCCUACCUGGUGGACAUGCUAACGCAGGCAGCAGCAGAUGAGGUGAAGACGAUGUUGGGUGUCUCCGGCGAGAUCGACAAGAUGGGAGACAAGCUUCGGGACCUCAAGAACUUCCUCGUCGAUGCCGAUAGGAGGAACAUCACAGAGGAGACUGUUCAAGAGUGGGUGGGGCAGCUCAAGCGUGCCAUGUAUGAAGCUGCUGACAUCCUUGACCUCUGCCAGCUCAAGGCCAUGAAGCGUGGAUCAUCCUCAGUAGAUGCAGGGUGUUUCAAUCCCUUGCUCUUCUGCAUGAGGAACCCCUUUCAUGCCCGUGAGAUCGGCACCCGCAUCAAGGCACUCAAUCAGAGGCUUGAUGACAUCAAGGAACGCAGCGCUGCUUUUAAAUUCAUUGAUCUUGGGUCCGAUGGGGAUCAUAGCAACAAUACCCAUGCCUCUCGCCAUGGUAAUCCAAGCCGGGAGACGGUAGGAGACUUUGACCGGUCUGCUAUUGUUGGAGACAAGAUUGAAGAAGACACGAGAGCAUUGGUGGCCCAGAUCAUGCAGACGAAAAAGGAUGUCAAUGAUGGCAUCAAGGUGGUCGCUAUCGUAGGUGUUGGUGGGAUCGGCAAGACCACCCUCGCCCAGAAGGUCUUCAAUGAUGAGGCAAUCCAAGGUGAAUUCAGCAAAAAGAUAUGGUUGAGCGUUAACCAAAACUUCGGUGAUGUUGAUUUGCUGAGAAGGGCCAUCAUCGAAGCCGGAGGAGAUGCCCAACCACAUGAAAGUUCAAAGACCAGCCUUCACGAAACCCUCAAGAACACAUUGAUUGACCAAAAGACCUUUCUGGUAAUGGAUGAUGUAUGGAACCAUAGAGCAUGGGAUGACGUGCUGAAAUUACCCUUACUCAAUGCUGCUGCAUCAGGCAGCCGAGUCCUCGUCACUACUAGAGAUGAAGUUGUUGCCAGAGGGGUGAAAGCUAUCUGGCCGUACCACCAUGUCGACACAUUAGCGCCUGAAGAUGCCUGGUCAUUGCUCAAGAAACAGGUGCGCUCAAGUGAGAUAGAUGAAGACCACAUCAAUAAGCUAAAGGAUAUCGGACUGAAAAUUAUACAGAAAUGUGGUUGUUUACCAAUUGCUGUUAAAGUAAUGGGAGGACUCUUGCGUGAAAGAGGGGGGCUACGUCGUGGCUGGCAGCAGGUUUUGGAUGACUCUAAAUGGUCAAGAACUAAAAUGCCCGAUGAGCUCAACCACACAGUAUACUUAAGCUAUGAAUAUAUGCCUUCUUACCUGAAGCAGUGCUUUCUGUACUACUCUCUUCUUCCUAAAAGUAGAAUUUUUACUAUGAAUGAAGUUGUUGCAAUGUGGAUUAGUGAAGGAUUUAUUCAUGGAAAUUCUAAUGAUUUAGAAGAAUCGGGAGAAAAUUACUACAAGGAGUUGGUAUCUAGGAACCUGAUAGAGCCAGAUAAAUCUUAUGUUGAUAUAUGGGUUUGCAGUAUGCAUGAUGUUGUCCGCUCGUUUGCUCAGUAUAUGACUAAAGAUGAAGCACUUGUAACUCAAGACGGAGACAAAAAUAUUCUUGCUAAACUUGGUUCACAAAAGUUUCUUCGGUUAUCCAUAGAAACUAACCGAUCACAAUCAGGUGAACUUGAUUGGAAAUCUCUACAAGCACAACAAUCAGUGAGAACAUUGAUCUCAACUAUCCAGAUUAAGAUGAAGCCUGGUGAUUCCUUGGUUAAUUUUUCUAGUUUGCGGACUCUGCAUAUUGAAUCUACAAAUAUGGUUGUAUUGGUUGAAUCAUUGCAUCAGCUCAAGCACCUGAGGUAUCUAACACUAGUAAAUGCUGGUAUGUCUGUACUUCCGGGAAACAUUGUCAAGAUGAAACUAUUGCAAUUCCUUGACAUUGCUAGAUGUACAAAAUUGGUGAAUCUUCCUGACAAUAUCGUGAAGCUUGGCCAGCUGUGGAUACUUGCACUUCCCAAAGCAAGUAUGGUUCCUAGAGGGUUCGGUGGUCUGACAAAUAUGAGGAGACUACGUAUGUUUCGAGCCCAUAUGGAUGUUGAUUGGUGCAGUUUGGAUGAGUUGGGGCCUCUUUCCCAGCUCAGAUUUCUUGCAUUAGUUGAAUUAGAGAAUGUAUCUGCUGCCUCGUUUGCUUCUAAUGCUAGGCUCGGCGAGAAGACACAUCUUAUCAAGCUAUUCCUGUGCUGCACAAGUAAACUGGGAGAUGAUGGGUUGGUCAAAGAGAAGGAAGAUGUCUCCGAGGAAGAGCAGCAACGAAUUGAGAAGGUUCACGAUAAGCUCUGCCCUCCACCUGGUGUAGAACUUCUUCAAAUCAAGGGGUAUUUUGGCCGGCAACUCCCGAGAUGGAUGAUGUCCACAUCAAUGGUGUCUCUCAACAACUUGAAGACUUUAUUUUUUGAUGACCUGGCUUGUUGCACACAACUUCCGAAUGGGUUGUGCCAGCUCCCUAAUCUGCAGUUCCUACAGGUCUCUCGUGCUCCAUGCAUCAAACAUGUCGGGACUGGAUUCUUGGAGGCGCCAGCAGCUUCAUUUGCAAGGUUAAAUGAAAUGAAAUUGUUCGCCAUGGUGGAAUGGGCGGAGUGGGACUGGGAGGAACAAGUACAAGCCAUGCGCCGUUUGGAGAAACUCGUGCUCAUGAAUUGCAAACUGAGGCACGUUCCUCCAGGCCUUGCCUCCAGUGCAAGAUCUUUGAAAAUAUUAGGUCUACAAUAUGUCAAGCACCUUAGCUACAUUGAGAGCUUUCCUUCUGUUGUUGAGCUUCUAGUGAAUCGAUGCCCUGACCUGGAGAGGAUCACCAAUCUCCCCAAUCUGCAGAAGCUUUCCAUCAUGUACUGCCCAAAGUUGAAGGUGCUGGAGCGUAUCGCUUCUCUUGAGAGGCUGGUCCUGGAGGAUUACAACAUGGAAAAACUCCCAGAAUACAUGCGAAACAUAAAGCCAAAGCAUUUGCAGUUAUUCUGCAGGCUAUGGUUGCUCUCUGUGGUUGCCACGGGACAAUCUGGCACUGAGUGGGACAAGUUCGGCCAAGUGGAGCAUGUCAAGGCAUAUGCAGGUGAUGGAGACAGCCAAAGAAAAUGGUAUGUUUUGUACACGAGAGGAGACAACUGCAAGUUGGAUUCAAAUAUUAGCAGCUCUACCGUAUUUGAAGAAACCUUAUCAUCUUCUAUGGUGGAUGCGCAAGGAUUUGACGCUCUGUAUAAAAUGAGAAGAAGUACCUUUAGUUACAUCUGCAGCUUGGUGAGGAUCCCAUUUUUCGAAGGUAUGAUGGCACGGGAUCACACCUUUGUUGAUGGAAGAUUGUUGUCUUUACAAGAUGGAGUAGCUGUCGCUCUGAGGGUACUGAACUCUGGUGACUCUCCGCUUACCGUAGGAUCCUCUCUUGGUGUGAAUGAGUCAACUGUCUCGUUGGUAACUCAGCUGUUUGUUCAGGCUAUGUGCCAGCGAGCAAUGCACCACUUGGGCUGGCCAGGCUCUGCCAAAAUGGAGAAGAUCAAGAACAAGUUUCACAAGAUCCAUGGCCUGCCAAACUGUUGCGGUGUUGUACAUACAACUCACAUCCCGUUUGGAUCAGAAAACCAUGACCAUGGUGUGCUAUUGCAAGCCAUGUUUUAUCCAGAUCUGAGGUUCGCAAACACUUGGCGGGGGGCGUCAGGUAGCAUGAACCAGUUGAGCCUUUUGCAUGAUUCUUCGCUCUUCAAGUCCUGCCAGGAGGGUACUGUGCUGAAUGGCAGGAAGCUGAAUUUAUCAGAUGGCUUGGAUGUUGGGGAAUAUAUAAUUGGUGAUGCAGGAUACCCUCUUCUCCCCUGGCUUCUCACACCUUACCGCCUGGAAGACAAGGACCUCCUUUUUGCAGAUUUCCCUCCUUAUCAAGCCGAGUUCAACAGAAGACACUCUGCAGCAUUAGACAUCACCCUCUCUGCGCUGAGGAGGUGGAAAGACACUUGGAAGAUCCUGCACAGAGGGGUUGGUUCAUGUCCACCUUCUCAAACAAUCUGUGCGUGCUGCAUAUUGCAUAAUAUAGUGAUAGACAUGCAGGAGGAGGAGGAGGAGGAGGAGGAGGAGGAGGUGCGCCGGUUAGCAGACGAGGAUGCGGUCAGGAUGAGGGAUAUACUGUCCCGGCACUUGAUGGAAUCUGGAGGCCACACAAUGGCUGUUGCAGAGGCGGACCAACAAGCAGCAGCAGUUGCAUCUGGUUCGGGAGAUGGAAACAAUGAGCAAGGAGCAUGCCGACGACAAAGAGCAGAUCGAGGGAAGGAGAAAGUGCAUGCAUGAUAGCUAGAUAAAGAGAUGAGAUCAA